UUAACACAGUCAGUCUAGGAAUGCAGCCACUCUUCCUAAACUCGCUUCAAAAAACAUAACUACAUCACGCUACGCAAUAUAGCAACGUAGAAAUACAAUCAAGAAAGAAUAGUGGUAGUAGUAUUAAGCUAAAUUCUUUUAAAGCUAUAUGACUUUGGUUUUCACGAUCGUCCAAAAAAAAUGAAGGCAAGAAUUACAGCACUGUUCUUGCUGGCCGUUAUCGCAGCAACCGAGUCAACUCGAUGUACAAAUAACGGCAAAGCCACCUACAACGAAUGUGGCGAACGAUGCAUAUGUGGCAAUAGUAGACUGACCCAAUGCACACGUAUAAGAAGGGACUUCUACUCGAUGCCAUGGGGUGAACGUUUGAGGUUUGUCAGAACUCUCUUGACUGCCUCAAGCAAAGAACCCUACAAGAUGGAGUACGAGAAACUCGUGGCUAUUCACACUGGCCAAUUUGAUAAAGGCAUCCACACGAAGACACAAUUCCUUCCAUGGCAUCGUUGGUAUCUCAUGAAGAUGGAGAACAUACUGAGAAAGAUUGAUUGUCGUGUUACAAUACCAUAUUGGGAUUGGAGCCUGUUCUCUGGGCAACCGUGGAGAAAACAGUUAAAUGAUAUUUUCUCGUCGGCUCCCUGGAGUCUUGGUGGAAACGGUGGUCUGGGCAUGUGUGUGACAGAUGGACCGUUCAACAAGUAUUCCUGGAAAACCACAUCUUCCAACGAAGGAGAAUGUCUGAAGAGAAAAUUUAAUGGCAACCCACCAGAUAUUGUUGCUGUAGCAGAAGUCCUAAAAUACGAAUCUAACCAGUUUGACGAGUUUGAGAUUGGUCUUCGUGAUGGUCUUCAUAAUAACAUGCACUGUAGGAUAGGUGGGAGUGGCGGCACAAUGUGCUCCAAGUCCUCGGCCAAUGCACCCGAGUUUCUUCUCCAUCAUGGCUUCACUGACAAGUUGUGGAAUGAUUGGCAGAAAAAAGGAUCAAACUACAAGAAUGCUUAUUUUAGUAGGCUGAACGACAAAAUGCUUGGGACUGCCGGGGCUCGUAUACGUGACUACAUAGACCUCGGUAACCAUGGAAACAUUCGAGUACAAUACGAAGACCCGUUGCAUAGCAACUUCCACAAUCUACACAAGGACCUACAACAACUCGAAAUGAAAGAUCUACAAGCUCUGAAAAGACGGAAAUUUACACCAACCAACUCGCUGGAAUUCAAGGUUUUCAUGGUGAAUCGUAAAGAACAAGCAGUAGUGAAAGCUCAGCAAAAUUCUCUUGAACCAAAGCAAGUGCUCAGUUCUAAGGUUCGACUCAGCAACGCGGACAAGGCUCUUGGGUUCAGAUUCAUUGAUCUGGAGAAGGCAUUGAAACGAAAGAGAGAGUUUGAGCUCACGAAAAAAGGCAUAUAAUUACCAAGUACAGAAACUUCUGAUAUAGAAGUGUGCAAGUGGGACUUUUUCUUUUAGUAUUAUUUCAGUGUAGUUAAACAAAUAGAACUGAGCGAAUCCAACGAAGAGGAAACCGCAAAGAGAAAACAAUAAAAGAACUAGAAAAUUUA